AUGGAUGGAGAUCUUAUCACAGCGGCAGCUUCGUCUGUCGGCUCAAACAUCUUCGCGAUACUCUCGAUAGUCACCAUCGCACUGCUUGCACUGCUGGUGAUACGACACUACCUCCCCCUCCGAAGCACGCCAGGCUAUCUGCUCGUACCCGUCUUCCUGGCCCUCGCGCUGCCAUGCAGCAUCAUCCUCCUCGUCCCCAUCGAUCUCGCCUCAGCCGCUGGCGAUGAAGAAACUCGUACAAGAGGCGUCUGGCUACCGGAGCGAGUCAACCUGGUCGCAUGGAGGAUAACGUACUGGCUCACGUUCAUGUUGACGUGGUUCAUCCUCCCUCUACUGGGCGAGUACUGCGAUUCGGGAUACCGAGAAACGAGGAGUCGGGUGAUUUACUCGCUGAGAGCGAACGCGCGAUACCAAUUGAUAGUGCUGGGCACGGCGGUCGCUGGGUUGGUAUACUUUAUAUGGGAGAAUGGCCUCCACGUCGCUAGCAUAAAGGGACUAGUGAUGGCCCUCGCCUACGCAUGGGGACUGGUCCUUGGUCUGGCGCUCAUGGGGCAUGGCCUUGUAGCACUACCAAGAAGGCUCUAUCGCAAUGCCAAUGUGAGUGAGAGACUACGUCAGCUUCAAUCACAGGCACCGAAAUUCAACGAUGGUCUCGAGGAAGCUACGGACAAGCUUGAUGAGCUGGAGCGCACCGUGGUGCAGCUGAAACGCCACAAAGGUGGCGCAUCUUCUGCGCAGCAAGAGUGGAUUGACGAGCUUGCGGAUACAUCAACACUACCAGAGCUGAGGCCAGGCAUGACUGCCGCCAUUCAGGCCACGAACCCGAGCAUUCCUGCGGUCGUGACGGAUCGUUAUCUUGCAGACCUCACACGCAAGCUCAAGCGGGCGCGGCACCGUAAAGCGAGAUUCCAAGACGAAUGGAGCAAUCUCUGUCAGCAAGCACAAGAUACUCAGACCAUUCUGGAUUCUGCCUUAUCGAAGAAGCUCGACUUUGGCCGCAAACAAUCUGGAGAAGGAGGCAUUCUCGGCAAGCUCGUAGUACUCACUCCAACUAUGCGAUACUACCUACAUGCAAGCAUAAUACCUUACCUUCGCAUAGGUGUCGCCGGUAUACUCGGCGUGGCAUCCAUACUCAUCGUCUGGAGCGAACUAGUAAAAUCACUUGCUCCUUCACUCUCCGUCAUCGGCCUAACAGUUGUGCACGGAAACAAAGUCAACUUUGGAGGACAACUGAUCGCGGCAGCCUGGCUGUUAUACAUGGACACCACUGCUCUGUACGCAAUAUCAGACGUGAAGGUCUGGGGCAACCGCGCACUAGUCAAACGCCAAACCUACGCCGAGAGUGCAACCUGGUACAGCCUCCAAGUCGCCAAACUUACAGUCCCGCUCUCCUACAACUUCAUCACAAUGAUGCCACCAGCUGUGUACAAGGAAACAAUGUUCUUCAGAUUCCUCGGUCAACUCAUCAACCUCACCCCCCUGGGCCAAGGAUUUAGCGCAUUCUUCCCGUGUUUCCUAGUGAUACCUGUCCUCGCGACUCUUUUCAACCUUUACGGCAAGACUAAGAGUUGGUUCGGCUUUGGCGUUCUCGAAGACGAUAGCGAGGACAACCCGUCUGGGUUUGGUACAGGUGGGUGGCGCGAAGGAAAAGCGCUCAUUGAUCGCGAAUUGCAAUCCCGCGGUUCUGGGGCAAAUCUUGGUCUCGCGAGUAGGGGCGCUUCACUGGACCAGGAACGAGGCACGGCAGGCGCCUCUGCACCACCGAGACGCGUCGCAGAAGAUCAGCGGGGACGAGAGCAGUAUCGUGACGAAGGGAUUCGAGAGGCGAAUAGACAGUUCAACGCCAUUACCAACCAGGAAGAAGACGACCAGGGUGACAGUGCGCGGCAUUUCUACCAGGACUUUGGCGAACGCGUUCGCAAUACGUUCGAUACUGUUGAUCAACCAGAGUGGAUCAGGAACAUUGGAAGUGCCUGCAAGGCCCCGAAAUGGAUGCAGAAUGAUUCGAGAGAUGAGAAUGGAGGCUCUGCCCUGUCGAAAUGGUUUGGAGGCCGUGCUGAAGACGGUAGAGUAAGGCUAUAG